AUGAUCGCCCGCUGGAGCUCUGAUCCCACCCUGUGCCCGCAGUACCGUACUGGCAGAACCCUCGGCAGUGGAACAUAUGCUGUCGUGAAGGAAGCAGUUCACAUCAAGACGGACAAGUAUUAUGCAUGCAAGGUCAUCAAUAAGAAGCUUAUGGAGGGUCGCGAGUACAUGGUGAGGAACGAGAUCGCUGUGCUCAAACGCGUGUCAAAGGGUCAUAAAAACAUCGUAACGCUUCAUGAUUACUUUGAGACGACUCACAACCUCUAUCUUUGUUUCGAUCUAUGCACGGGAGGUGAACUGUUCGACCGUAUAUGUGCUAAAGGGAACUACUAUGAAGCAGAUGCAGCUAAUCUGGUGAGGACUAUAAUGGGUGCAGUCGAUUACAUUCAUGGGUGCGGGAUAGUCCAUAGAGACCUGAAACCAGAGAACUUGCUCUUCAGGACGAAGGCCGAGGACGCCGAUAUUAUGAUUGCGGACUUUGGCUUGUCUCGAAUUAUGUCGGAGGACAAGCUGCAACUUCUUACAGAAAUUUGUGGUACCCCUGGUUACAUGGCACCGGAGAUUUUUAGGAAAUCUGGUCAUGGCAAACCUGUAGACAUUUGGGCAAUGGGCGUCAUCACUUAUUUCCUUCUCUGUGGCUAUACACCGUUCGAUAGAGACACACAGGAACAAGAGAUGCAGGCAAUCCUCAAGGGUGACUAUGCAUUUGAACCAGAAGAGUUCUGGGCGAACGUCAGCCAGACUGCACGCGAUUUUGUUCGUACCUGUCUCUCAGACGAUCCCGCAAAGCGGCCCAUAGCUAAGGAGGCAUUGGAACACCCCUGGCUGGCAAGUGAGACACCGCACUUCAUCGCAGAUCCGGAGAGCCCGACGGGCGGCCCGAAGGACUUGCUUCCGACGAUCCAGAAAGGCUUCAAUGCGAGGAAGACAUUCCGCAAAGCUGUGUUGGGCAUGAUGGCUAUGCGCCGAAUGUCGAUGCUCUCGCAUGGAGGCGCCUCCAAGCUAUCCCCCAGCGCACAGGAGCUUGCAACGAACAUUGACAAAUAUAUGCAGGAAACUGAAUUGGAAAUUGUGGAUGCAGACAAGGAAGUCAUACACCACCACAAUGAAGACGACGAAUCCGAUACGUCCUCGCACUCUACACCGCCCACCUCUCCCGACGACCGUCUUUCAAGCAAACCAGUAUCGGUCGACAUAAGUGCUACUGCUCCUCCAGUUCCCCCCAAAACCGACAAUGCACCGCCGUUGAGCCCGUUCGUUGAGCAGAUGAAGAAGACGAAGCUGAACGAGUGA